GGGCGGGCGAGCGGCCCGGGGCCAUGUAAAGCGGCAGCGGCCGGUGGGAGCCGAACCGAGCUCGAGCAGAGAAGCCGCCGCUGCCGGCCGGGGAGGCCCUGCAGUGGGGAUCAUGGCGACGUCUAAUCUCUUAAAGAAUAAAGGUUCACUUCAGUUUGAAGACAAAUGGGAUUUCAUGCGCCCAAUCGUUCUGAAACUUCUUCGUCAGGAGUCGGUCACCAAACAGCAAUGGUUCGAUCUGUUUUCAGAUGUACAUGCAGUGUGUUUGUGGGAUGAUAAAGGUCCAGCAAAAAUCCAUCAAGCUCUGAAGGAAGACAUCCUUGAUUUUAUUAAACAGGCACAAGCAAGAGUGCUGAGUCACCAGGAUGAUACAGCUCUGCUCAAAGCCUACAUCGUGGAGUGGCGCAAGUUCUUCACCCAGUGCGACAUUCUGCCCAAGCCCUUCUGUCAGCUGGAGAUCACUCUGAUGGGCAAGCAGGGCAGCAACAAGAAGUCCAACGUGGAAGACAGCAUUGUUCGAAAGCUCAUGCUAGAUACAUGGAAUGAAUCCAUAUUUUCAAAUAUAAAAAACAGACUUCAGGACAGUGCAAUGAAGCUAGUUCAUGCUGAAAGGCUAGGAGAAGCUUUUGACUCCCAGCUCGUUAUUGGAGUUCGAGAAUCAUAUGUUAACCUUUGUUCUAAUCCUGAAGAUAAACUUCAGAUAUAUCGGGAUAACUUUGAAAAGGCAUAUUUGGAUUCUACAGAGAGAUUUUAUAGAACACAGGCUCCUUCUUAUUUACAACAAAACGGUGUACAGAAUUAUAUGAAAUAUGCAGAUGCUAAACUAAAAGAAGAAGAGAAAAGAGCACUACGAUAUUUAGAAACAAGACGUGAAUGUAACUCUGUAGAAGCACUCAUGGAGUGCUGCGUCAAUGCCCUGGUGACAUCUUUUAAAGAGACUAUUUUAGCUGAAUGCCAAGGCAUGAUCAAACGAAAUGAAACAGAAAAGUUGCAUUUAAUGUUUUCACUGAUGGAUAAAGUUCCAAAUGGCAUAGAGCCUAUGCUGAAGGAUUUGGAAGAACAUAUUGUUAGUGCUGGACUUGCAGACAUGGUAGCAGCUGCUGAAACUAUUACUACUGAUUCUGAGAAGUAUGUAGAGCAAUUGCUCACGCUAUUUAAUCGGUUUAGCAAGUUGGUUAAAGAAGCUUUUCAGGAUGAUCCAAGAUUUCUUACUGCCAGAGAUAAGGCAUACAAAGCAGUUGUGAAUGAUGCUACAAUAUUUAAACUUGAAUUGCCAUUGAAGCAAAAGGGUGUUGGAUUGAAAACACAGCCUGAAUCCAAAUGCCCUGAGCUUCUUGCUAAUUACUGUGACAUGUUGCUAAGAAAAACACCACUAAGCAAAAAACUAACCUCUGAAGAAAUUGAAGCAAAGCUUAAAGAAGUGCUUUUGGUACUUAAAUAUGUACAGAAUAAGGACGUUUUCAUGCGAUAUCACAAAGCUCACUUAACGAGACGUCUGAUAUUAGAUAUAUCAGCUGAUAGUGAAAUUGAGGAGAAUAUGGUGGAAUGGCUCAGAGAAGUGGGAAUGCCAGCAGACUAUGUAAACAAGCUGGCUAGAAUGUUCCAGGAUAUCAAAGUCUCUGAAGACUUGAACCAGGCCUUCAAAGAAAUGCACAAAAAUAAUAAGCUUGCUUUACCAGCUGACUCUGUGAAUAUUAAAAUUUUAAAUGCUGGUGCCUGGUCCCGAAGUUCUGAAAAAGUGUUUGUCUCGCUGCCCACGGAAUUAGAAGAUCUCAUCCCAGAGGUCGAAGAAUUUUAUAAAAAGAAUCACAGUGGUAGAAAACUCCACUGGCACCACCUCAUGUCCAAUGGAAUUAUAACAUUUAAGAACGAGGUUGGCCAGUAUGACUUGGAGGUUACAACAUUUCAGCUGGCUGUGCUGUUUGCGUGGAACCAAAGACCCAGAGAGAAGAUCAGCUUUGAAAAUCUUAAACUGGCAACUGAGCUCCCUGAUGCAGAACUUAGGAGGACUUUAUGGUCUCUUGUAGCAUUUCCAAAGCUGAAACGUCAGGUUUUAUUAUAUGAACCUCAAGUCAAUUCACCCAAAGACUUUACAGAAGGAACCCUCUUCUCGGUGAACCAGGAGUUCAGUUUAAUAAAAAACGCUAAAGUUCAGAAAAGGGGCAAGAUAAAUUUGAUUGGUCGAUUGCAACUUACUACAGAGAGGAUGCGGGAAGAGGAGAAUGAAGGAAUAGUCCAGCUAAGAAUAUUGCGAACCCAGGAGGCUAUCAUCCAAAUAAUGAAGAUGCGCAAGAAAAUUACUAAUGCCCAGCUUCAGACUGAACUGGUAGAAAUAUUGAAAAACAUGUUCUUGCCACAAAAGAAAAUGAUAAAAGAGCAAAUUGAAUGGCUUAUAGAGCACAAAUAUAUCAGAAGAGAUGAGUCGGAUAUCAACACCUUUAUAUACAUGGCAUAAUUGGAGGACUCUGCGGGAUGCUGAGAACAUAAAUGGAAGGGUGCUUGGACAGACAGCUGCAACAGUUUGUGCUGCAGAAGGACUUGUUUUGACUUUCGUUACAUAUUAAAAUCCCUGCCUUACCUUACAGAGGACUAUAUUUUGCCAAUCUCAUUCAGCUAGCAUGAUGGCAUUCCCUUCAUGUUGCACACUUUUAACAGCAUGCUGUUUUGUGGGAAACUUGCAUUCAUGAAGAGCCCAUUGUGAACUUUUUAAAGUAGAUUUGAUUUACACCCACCAGGAAGAAUACAGGUUUGGGUUUUUAGAUGACCAGUACUUGCACAAGGAAAAAAUAUUCAAAUAUUCAUGCACUGAGGAACUGCUAUUAGUUUUGUUUUGGGUUUGUUUUUGUUUUGUUUGGUUUUGAUUUUUGGGUUGUUGGUUUGUUUUUUUUUUUAAUGCAAUUAGGACUAGAAGUAGCACUUUCACUUUUGUGUUUUGGAUCAACAGAGUAAUGUACUGUCCAUCUCUGAUCCUUUUCAUGUAAUAACAUUUGAGAGACACAAACACAUGCGUCACAACUGAUCCGUAUUUGUUACAGUUAAAACCUGUUUGCUAGAGCAGUGCUUCAAUCUAGUAACUGGAUUUUAAUAAUUAACAUAUUAAGUGACACAAAAGUAA